GUGACGUCAUAAGACCGCGCCGCGCUCCUGCGUCUGCGGCUCAGCUGGAGAAAGGACAAAGUGUUCAAACACGGAAAAACCUGACUGACGCGCGGUUGUAAAGAUGGAGCGUAUUAAAAAAAAGAGUGAAGAAGUGAAGAGUAAAGAAACAUUCAGACAUGAAGAUGCUGAGGAACAAACAGACCCGAUGGCACUGAAAGAGAAGAGUGAAGAACUCAAUGAAGCGGAUGAGAAAGAUCGUGAUUUCAUGAAUGGGGAAAAAUCCUUUAACUGUUCACAGACAGAAAAGACUUCAAGAAAAAUGGCUCAAACGACGGGAGGAAGUUAUAUCGCCUGCCAACCGUUUGAAAAGGGUUUCAGUCAAACAGAAAGCAUUAACAGGUCUGUGAGUAUCCACACAGGAGAGAAACUAUACGCGUGUCAACAGUGUGGAAGGAGUUUCACUCAACAUCGACACCUUGAAGUCCACAUGAGAGUUCACACCGGAGAGAAGCCCUUUGCCUGCCAGCAGUGUGGAAAGCAUUUCAGUCAUAGAGUAAGUCUUAAAAGACACAUGAGGAUUCACACCGGAGAGAAGCCGUACACCUGUCAGCAGUGUGGGAGGAGUUUCACUCAGUCUGGACAGCUCGGGCUUCACAUGAGCGUUCACACCGGAGAGAAGCCCUACAAGUGCCCGCAGUGCGGAAGGAGUUUCAACCGAAAAGGAAACCUUCACUGCCACAUGAAAAUUCACACCGGAGAGCAGCCGUACACAUACGAUCAGUGUGAGAAGAGUUUUGAUCAACAGGACGUCCUCGACGUCCACAUGAGAACUCGUCGAGAGAAGCCCUACAUCUGUCCUCAGUGUGGAAAGUGGUUUAAUCAUAAAGGACGCUUUGAGGACCACAUAAGAACUCACACCGGAGAGAAGCCUUUCACCUGCCAGCAGUGUGGGAAAUGCUUCAGCCAAAAAGGAAACCUCGACAGGCACAUGAGAGUUCACACCGGAGAGAAGCCCUGUAUAUGUGGUCACUGCGGAAAGAGAUUCAGAUAUAGAGCAGGACUUAAGUACCACAUGAGGUUUCACAUUUGGAGAAGGUGUCCAAAAGGCGGGAAAACUCCUGGCGGUUUUACAGAGAUGGCGUUCAUCAAGGAGGAGAGCAAAGAAACGGUGAAAGGUGAAGAAGAUGCUGAGGAGCAGAUGAAGACGGUGUCCAUCAAGGAGGAGAGCGAAGAAACAUUCAAACGUGAAGAAAGUUCUGAUGAUGGAGGCAACAGUGAAGCGACUCAAAUUUGGCUGUACUCGUUGCCCAGCCUCCCUCAUAGUCAUACCAUGGACAAGAACAUGAUGGCGUUUAUUAAAGAGGAGAGGGAAGAAACACUCAGCGUUAAACAUGAAGACACUGAAGAACAAACAAAGAUGGAGUUUAUUAAAGAGGAGAGUGAAGACGUGAGCAUCGAUGAAACGUUUAGAGACAAACAUGAAGAAACUGAAGAACAAACAGACCUGAUGGCACUAAAAGAGGAGUGUGAAGUACUGAAUGAAAUAGACGAGAAAGACCAUGAUUUAAUAACUGGAGAAACAUUUAGCUGUUCAAAGACUCAAAAGACUUUAAGGAAAAGGACUCAAAAGACAGGAAGAAGUCAGCAUUUCACCUGCCAACAGUGUGGAAAGAGUUUCAGUCAAACAGGGGGUUUUAAAAGACACAUGAGAGUUCACACUGGAGAGAAGCCUUAUAUCUGCCAACACUGUGGACAGAGUUUCAGUUUAAAAGGAAACCUUAACAGACACAUGAGAGUUCACUAUGGAGAGAAUGCUUACACCUGCUGUCGGUGUGGAACAAGUUUUGAUCAACAUGAAAACCUUGAAGCUCACAUGAGAACUCAUACAAAGAAACUAUACACAUGCCCUCAUUGUGGAAAGAGUUUCCGUCGAAAACUACGCUUUGAAAGCCAUAUGAAAAAACACUCUGGAAAGCAGUCCUACACAUGUCCUCAGUGUGGAAAGAAGUUUAGUCAUAAAGGACGCUUAGAAGACCACAUAAGAAUCCACACAGGAGAGAAGCCUUUUUCUUGCCAACAGUGUGGAAGAAGUUUCAACCAAAAAGGAAAUCUUGAUAGACACAUGAGUGUUCACACUGGAGAGAAGCCUUACACCUGCCAACAGUGUGGAAGAGGUUUCAACCGGAAAGAAAACCUUAACUCCCACAUAACCGUUCACACUGGAAAAAAUCUUUUCACCUGUCAACAGUGUGGAAUAAGUUUUACUGAAAAUGAAAUCUUUACCAGACACGUGAGAAUUCACACUGGAGAGCAGCUUCACACGUAUGAUCAGUGUGGAAAGAGUUUUGAUCAACAUGAAAGUCUCGAAGUCCACAUGAGAACUCAUAGAGAGAAACCCUACAUGUGUUCUGAGUGUGGAAAGAGUUUCUGCCAAAAACAACAGUUUGAACACCACAUGAGACUUCACUCUGGAGAGCAACCCUACACAUGUCCUCAGUGCGGAAAGGGGUUUAAUCAUAAACGACACUUGGAAGAUCACAUAAGAACUCACACCGGAGAGAAGCCUUUCACUUGCCAACAGUGUGGAAGACAUUUUAGCCAAAAAGGAAGCCUUAAAAGGCACAUAGAUCGUCACAAUGGAGAGAAGCAAUUUACAUGUGGUCACUGCGGAAAGAGUUUCAAAAAUAAAGCAGCAUGUAAUCACCACAUGAGGUUUCACAUAUGAGAGAGAACUGUGUUGAUAAAUGAACAGUGUGACAUGGGUCUUGUAAUAACACCAGAGUGAAGCCUUUGCUCUGCCAUCAUUGUGGAAAGACUUGCAGAAACAAGACACUCUUGAGGUUCACAGAAGCACCAUUGAUAUAAUUCAAAACAGCCAUGGGUUUAUUUUCACCUGUGUUUAAAAUGUGUUUUGAUUGAUAGGAUCUCAAAUUCAGACUGUUCCUGUAUCCCUGUCUCUUUUGUCCACUUUCGACCACUUCUGUCCCAGUUUUGUCAAGGAAAGAGUAAAUGCAUGGGAUCUUUCACAUGUUGUGGUCAAGUGAAUGAAACAAGUCUGUUAAAUUUUUACAUAUAAAUGUGAGUGAGUUGAAAGAUUACAACUAAACUACAAUAUGUCACUGCCUUAUUUAUGUACUUGAUAAUUAAGUAAGGAAUAAUUGACUCAAAGUGGCUGUUACACCUUGUGUUUAAUUUUUUUAA